GGCACGUCCGGCUGUUACGUGAUAUGGGCAUCGUCAUUUGCGGAAGUGUUCCGAUCUGCUUUAUGACAGGUUAUACGCUCUCCAAGCUUGAGACUGUGACUAUUUUUUUUAUUUUUUUGAAUUUCAAUGGUAAAGAAUGACACCUGAGCGACAAGACAGCUCGCUUGCAGCCCUGGGCGUAGGCGUUGCUGUGGUUUCCAGUUUAAUCAAUGGGUCAACUUUUGUGCUCCAGAAGAAAGGGAUUCAGCGCGCACAGCAAAAAGGAGUUUCAUAUUUAGUGGAACACUUUUGGUGGACUGGCACUAUUGCUAUGGCUUUAGGUCAGAUUGGGAAUUUUUUGGCAUAUAACAUGGCUCCAGCUGCAUUGGUUACGCCAUUAGGAGCUCUGGGUGUUCCAUUUGGGUCACUGCUAGCGGUUUAUAUGAUACAAGAAAAAGUUGGAAUUCUUGGAAAACUUGGCUGUUUGCUGACUUGUGUGGGUUCUAUUAUUUUGAUUAUUCAUGCACCUAAAUCCAACAGUGUUACCUCGAGAUUGGAGCUUGAAGAAAAAUUGAGCAACCCAGUUUUCCUGUGCUACCUCUUCAUUGUCUUGUUGCUACUAUGUGUGCUGAUAUUCUGGAUAGCCCCAGCUCAUGGAUCAAAGAAUAUAAUGGUCUAUAUCAGUAUCUGUUCUUUGCUUGGUAGUUUUACUGUACCCUGCAGCAAAGGCCUGGGACUCACUGCUCAGGACUCCUUUAACAAUGACUCAUCUGAUGAAAAAGCUCUCUUUUUAUUUUUUUUAUUUUUAUGCACAUUGUUGCUAAGCAUCCUCAUUCAGUUUAUUUACAUUAACAAAGCACUAGAAGUGUUUGAUUCCAGUAUAUUUAGUGCCAUUUAUUAUGUGACAUUUACCUCAAUAUCCAUCUUGGCAUCUUCUAUACUUUUCAGGGAGUGGAAAACUGUUGGAGCUGUAGAUUUCAUAGGCAUUUUAUGUGGCUUCACCACAGUAUCCGUGGGGCUUUUUCUUUUAAAGGUUUUCAAAGAUUUACAUCUGAGCUGGAAGGAUGCACAGAAGGUUUCUACUAAGAUCGAUUGAAAUACUAAUGGGAAUUAAAAGUAUCAUUUGAUAAAUUACAAAAAGUACUAAGUUAUCCUUUUUUUAUUGUUUUGUUAUUGGAUUAUAUGACGCUUCAUUCUAACACUUAAGUUUGUGACUUGGACCAUCUACAACAGAGGAGAAUCACUGUAAAUUUACUAACUCUCACACUGGGGAUGCUUGAAUGAUGCACAACUGUCAAACCACUUCUUGAAGGAAGUGUACAGUGCUACAUAUAGUUGUAUGAAUAAACAUUUUGAGAAGUCUUCUUUUUUGCAGAGGAAAUACUUAUUACAAAAUAAAUAAAUAAAUACUUAUUACUUAUUAAAGUAAUAAUACUUAAUACUGUGCUUUCUGGUUUUAUUUGGAGAUAGUCAAAAUAUAUCUGAAAUUGAUUCCAGCUCCUGGAGCUACAGUCCUCAAGAAUAUGAUAUUUCCACCACUUGUUGCUUCUCGUCUUCCCACAAAGAUAAUUGCCAUUUCGUAUGUGUCUUAUUGAUUGUUAUUUCCAUACUUGCAUAGGGUCAGCCCCCUUAUCCAAAAGACAUGCAGGUUAGGCCGAUUUGAAACUCUGAACUGGUCUGGUAUGAGUGAGUUUGGGUCUGUCUCUGGUUGGUUCCCCACUUAUGUAGUUACUGGGAUAGACUGUAGCUCAUACAAACUAAGAUUGGACAAAGGGGAUUCAGAGAAUGGUUGGAUGAAUGGGUGCUAUAUUAUUUUGGGAUCUCCAUCCACAUGCAUCAAACCCUAAGUACUAUAUUCUUUUUCUUCUGUAAAGGUUAAUGUGAUGUAAUGUAAACAGUCUACAAUUCAAAACAAACGUAACUUUGAACAGGUGGCACACAACCACUCCAUCCCAAGUUGAGGUCAGAGCAUUUUGGAAGUGGAGAUAUUGAAACCAAAUUAUCUCCAUCUCCUUAAUCAGUAUAAUCAGCUGGAAUAUAGUGGGAUUGAAUCGUGAAGAAGAAUUAAACUACGUGUAAAGUAGGCAGUAGGCAUUGUAGGAUGAUAAAACUAUGGGUUCCUUUAAGAUACUUUUUAAAGCUUGUGGAGUAGAAUUUUGAAGGCAAAACUACAUAAUGUCAUGGAGCACAGUGUUACACCCAUAGGAUGCCAGUUGAAGGCUUUCUCUGACAUGCCGUGUGAAAUCAAGCAAGUCACUUAAGCUGUAUGUGCUCCUAAUGUAUAAAAUGUUUGUAAAAGAUGUGACCAAGUAAUUAAUCUUGGAUAAAGUUAUCAGUUAAAUAUAUAAUAGUAAUAAUAAAACUCAUCUCAUUUUGUAUUUUCCUUUUUGAAUGCUGAUCCAAGAAUCUGCUAUGUCAUUGUACUUAGAAAACUGUGCAACGAUGAAUUAAUCUCUAAGUUUUUUUCUUUCUUAAUGUACAAUUAUACUAGUCAACAAUUUUAUUUGUAUUUUUAAUAACCAUAAAUCAUUCAUUCUUAAUAAUAACUAAACAAAGUAAGCUUUUUGUCCAAUGUGUUAACAGUUAUUAAUGGAUUGACUAUCUCUUUAUUGAUAAGUAACUGGUGUUGCUUGAGUGC